AUGAGCAUACCCAAGGCCACACCACCAGCAAGCUCGAGGUCGAAUGUUUCCUUUGCACAGUAUGAUGAUCCCAAUAUUCUCGAAUCCUUGCAACUCAUCGGCACCACGAGGUUCGACCCACGAAAUGAUAUCAAACAUAUUCUAAUCACCGGCGGGGCUGGCUUUAUAGGCGGUUGGGUUACGCGACACCUAACCGUACAGUACCCCGAGUACACUAUUGUCUGUUUCGACAAGAUUGACAAAGUUUCCUCCUUAGCCAACAUUGACUGCCUUGAAGCGUUCUCCAACUUUCAUUUUGUAGAGGGCAAUUUGACCGACGCGGCUGCUGUGUCAAGAGUACUCGCCAAGUACAAUAUUGACUGCGUACUGCACUUUGCGGCUUGCUCUCACGUCCAGGACUCAUUUGAAAACCCCUCGAGCUUUACUGUGAACAAUGUAAUUGCGACACAGCAGCUAUUGGAGGCUGUCCGGCAUCACCACGGUCUAAACUCUAUCCGCCGCUUCAUCCAUGUCAGUACCGACGAGGUCUACGGGGAGGCCAUGAAUGGCUUCAUCGACGAGACACACCAAUUCCUACCCACCAACCCGUACGCAGCAUCCAAAGCCGCCGCUGAGAUGUAUGUCUGGGCCUACGCCAAGUCAUUUGGCCUUCCAGCAUUGGUUGUUCGCAGUAAUAAUGUAUAUGGGCCUGGUCAAUAUCCGGAAAAGAUUAUCCCUCGCUUUUGCACUCUCCUCAGCAAGCAACAGCCUCUUACCAUCCAAGGCUCAGGCCUGCACGUGCGACGCUAUUUAUACGGCGCCGAUGCGGCUGAUGGCUUCGACACGCUCCUGCACAAAGGUCAAGUGGGCGAAGCGUAUAAUAUAAGCUCAGCUUUUGGGGUGACUAAUAUUGAGGUUGCGGUGCGUAUGCUCGAACUGUACGGCUACCGUCCGGAAGACUUCAAGUCCCGUCUGGCCUGGAUUGCAGACCGGCCAUUCAACGACCAUGACUAUCGAGUGGAUGGCUCGAAACUCGAGGCGUUAGGAUGGAGUCAGCGCAUCGCCUUUCCCGAGGGAUUGAGGGCGACUAUUCAGUGGUACCAGAAGUACACGCAAGCAUGGUGGCCGAAUGUGAUAGAGAAGGGUCCGUCUUGUGUCCGCGACUGA